CCCCCCCCCACCCACUCAACCCCCUACAAACCUGGUUGCAUUAUCCCGACUGACUGGGAGUUGGCAACUGGGAGAAGCCCAGAAUGGCAUGAAGCGCCCGCAGUCUAGAAGUAAUUUGCCGGAUCCCAAUUGACAAGGGGUUCUAAGAGCUUUUAUGAUGACCCUGGAAGGCAAAUCUCUGGGUCUCUUACUACUAGUACGGUUUGUCCUUCUGUCCAUAGGGGCGAUUUUAGAAUUGUAUAUCCCCUUUCGUAUACUGAAUAUCUUGCAUCUUAACAAGUAUGAAUUUCUCCGAAAUCGAUGGGUUGGACCCACACACUCUGAAGUCGCCACCCUUGCAUGCUCCCAGUUUGCGAGCUGGUUGUCGCGUAUGCAUCUCACGGCAAAGGCUCACCAUGCAGUGUGGCGCACAGUCGUUGACGUUAGUCUCUAGCAGGUGGAGCAGGCUGUAUGCGGGAGACCGGCGAGUGAAACGCAUCUGUGCGACCCGAAUAAUCAAGCUAGACGUUGCGGCCGUAUGA